UGUUCCACAUUGUUUCCGCACAUUCAUUUGCGCGUCCCGCUUACACAAAAAGUUAAAAUUUAUCCGUUUUUAUUUUACGAAUUAAAAAACGAUUAUUAUCCCGUAGAAGCUUAUACAAAAAUAGAAAUUUGAACACUAGCACACCAAAAUGGAAGAGUUUGAAAAUUUGAGAGGCUCAAUCGUAGUCAAGCGGAGAUCUUCAUUGUUUCGGACCGGUAUUGGUUCACAAAAUUCCACUCCGGUUAGCAUGAGAUCAAGCUAUGAACAGCAAUUGAAUCGCGAAAUUGAAAACUGGGGAAAGUUUAUGCAAGCGCAGUUUAAUAAACUUAAAGAAUUGAAAGAAAGUUCAAUUGUGCUGGACGAUUCGAUAUUAUCUGAGGAACAGAGGCAUUACCUAGAUCAGGGGAUCGACAUUUCCAAGUACUUGACAGAAUCGAACAAAUUUCGUAAAGUACUGGAGGUGUACGUUCAAUGUAAAACCGAUUUGAUAAAGCAGUACGACGAAGUUCUGGCGGAAGCAAGAGGCCAACUUAACGCUGAGGCACUGGACAUGGUCGAGGAUCAACUUCUCUCUCAGCAGUUGGAAUGAUUGUUUCGACUAACUACCUCAGAUUAUUUUUGUAUAUUUCAGUAACUUGUAUAAUAGCUUAACUUAAGAUAAUCAUUAAUGUUAUAUCAAAUUUUCA